AGUCGUUUUUUAGUUGUCACACGUAUCGGAAAAGGUAGCCGCAGGCCCAAUACUCUUGGUUAACACAGGCGUUUUGAAAUUGGGUGACUAAAGAUGAAGUCAUUUUUCCAUCGAUUAUCACUUGGAUUGUUAUUUCUACAAUAUUUUGCUGCAACUGUUGCAAAACAAGUGACCUAUGGAAAGUACGGCACUUUCAGCGACGGCGCCCCCUUCGACAGCAAAGUCAUUAUAGUGAAAAGGCCUUUACCUGACCCUCCAGAACGAAUGGAAACAACAUUUUUUCUAUAUACGAGGGAAGACCGUAUCGGGUAUAAAACCCUUGAUGACAGUGAUCUUAACAAACUGAAGGAAUCCAAUUACGAUGGUUCAAGGAAGACUAUUUUGAUUGCACAUGGCUGGACAGGAAAGCCACUGGAAUCAGUCUGGGUUAAAGACAUGAAAGAYGCUUUGUUAGAAAAAGAAAAUGUAAAUGUCAUUGUUGUCGGAUGGAAAGAAGGAGCCGACGACCUUUACUACCCACAAGCCGUCGGCAACACUCGUUUAGUUGGAGCCAUGGUUGCGGAGUUUAUCAAGUUUCUCAUCACACAAAAACACACUAAAACUAGUGCAGACAUGUUCCACAUGAUCGGGUUCAGUUUGGGWGGGCAAGUCGCUGGGUAUGCUGGGAAAAGGUUUCAUGAGAUAACAGGCUCCAAGAUCGCUCGUAUUACAGGACUAGAUCCAGCCUCCCCAGGGUAYAAAGGCACUCACAUUGACGUAAGACUGGACGCUACUGACGCCGAGUUCGUCGACGUCAUCCAUAGCGACUCUCCCAGAAUAGGCACCCCUGAUAAGAGUGGAAAGUUGGACUUUUGGCCUAAUGGCGGUGGAUCACAACCUGGAUGUCUGAUAAAAAAAAGAGGAUUGAUCGAUAAAAUUACCAAAUUGGUGGGGUGCGAACAUUACCGAGCUCACCAGUAUUUCAUCGAGUCCAUCAAAUCUACCGAGUGCUUAUUUCGUUCGUAUCCCUGYGCAUCAUGGAAUGAGUUCAGACGUGGCAAGUGCAUGGAAUGUGGAGCUAAUGGAAAGAACUGUCCAGAAAUGGGCUUUAACGCCAUUAAGUACAAGGAUGUAAAGAAUGGAAACUUUUAUCUUUACACAAGUGAUAAACCUCCAUAUUGCGUACCUCGUUACAUGUACGUAAGAUUCCAAACUGGAACACGUUCAGGCUGGGGUAUGUUUGAAGUAAAAGGCGACGACCCCAAAAUUCGUGUCAAUGGAGCUAAAGGUACCACGGGAGAAAUUGAGUUUGAUGGACAUCUUGACGAAGGCAGUACUGAGCAGUUCAUCGCUCCAAUCAAGAGUGAUCUGGGUGAACUACAAACCAUUGAAAUUAAAGAUGGCAAGUUGUUAGCACUUAUUGAUCCCUGGAAAGUAGUCAAGGUUACCGUUCAGUAUGUUGGAAGUAAACAGAGCUACUAUGCCUGCUACAAUACGAACGUUAAUCGCUCAUUCAAGAAGAAACCAUUGAGUAUUGGCAACGACCAAUGUGCACAAAAGGACCUGACCAGACCUUUCCUGGAUAGACCUUGUCCUAGUGGAUCGAAAUGUCCUGGGCAGACAGUGAUCUUAAAACUAGAAAUAGAGCCGAGUAAAUAAGAUAUCACUAAGAUGGAGAGUUUAAUGAAAUGAAACAAAUAUAAAUCUUGCUUCAAGCCUC